ACAAACCUGCCAAAAAUAAAAAUUAUCAAAAUGUUUCAUAGCGUGAUUGCUACAAAGCAAUAAUUAGUUAAGUUUAGUGAUUAUUUCUAUGAAAAUACACUUAAAUAUACUCUUUCAGGAGUGUUGUGGGGUGUAAAUCGCUCAUCUAUAUGGAGAAGACUUGAUUAAUUUAUUACAGUGUACUUGUAAGAUACAAAUAACAAAAAUGGAUGUCGUCGGCAGCGAAAUUGGCCAGAAAAUGCGGUCAGCCAUCAAGGCCAAACUAACAGAAUUAGGAUGCUAUGUUGAUGACGAGCUUCCUGAUUAUGUAAUGGUAAUGGUAGCAAAUAAACGGACACGGGCGCAAAUGGAAGACGAUCUUCAGCUGUUUCUGGGUGACAACACGGAGCUGUUUGUCAAUUGGCUACACCAAGUAUUGAAAAAGCUCCAAGAAGUUACAGUAGCUACACCCCUCAAAGCAACUGAACGAGACAAAAGCAAAGAGAGAUCUGAUUCCAAAGAGCGAAAAAGUAAAGAAAAGAAAACAAAAGAUAAACAGAAAAAGAGUGAUUUGAAAAAGGCAAAGAAAAAGGAUAAAGAAAAGCAUUUUCGCAAAAAAGACGAUAAAAAAGCACACAAAGUAAAAAAGAAGAGCAAACAUCACGAUAUGAUUCGGCCCAACAUACCUCCUUUAUUGAUGAAUAUGGAGAAAGAAUCUGAACCUUCAAUAACAGAUGUUUUUGCUGGACAGAUAUUGAAAAACCAUGGGAUCACUUUAGAAGCUGCUCAAGAAGAAAUAAGGGUAGAGAAAAAGCCUGUAAUAGUAGAAGCUAAAAGACCAAUUCUGCCUAUUAUUGACCCGGCAACUAUUUCAUCACAACCUGAGACCCAAGGGGAGAAAGAAGAACCAGCGAGAACUAAUGUAGCAUCCCUUGGUGCCCCAAAAGAGGACCAGAUAAAGGAGAUAACGCAAAUUGAAGCUAAAAUACAGGGGUUAAAGCAGAAAUUGGCAGAGCAGCUAGAUUCUAUGUCAGAUGAUGAAGACUUUUUGACCAUAAGAACUGAAGCGGAGGAGUUGAUGAACGAUUUUGCUGAAGAUGUAUUACAGGAAAUAUCACAACAGGCGCCACCCGUUCCCGUAACGGUUACGCCUCCAAUAGAGCGCCCGAGGUCCCCAACCCCACCACCGCCUCCCCCACCCAAACCCAUAGAAGUCCCCAAAGAACUCCCAAAAGAACCCACAGAGACCUUACCCCAAAUAGAACUCAAACUCCCCAAAAGGCCUGUGAGAGAUAGGCUCGGGAUUCGAGAGGAACCAAAAAAGGUUCCCGAACAAAAACAAAAGGAAUCUAAAACGAGGACAGAGAGUCCCGAAAGGUUUACGCCUGACAGAGAGCCAGACUUCUGGCCUCAGACUAAGUCAGCAAAGAGUCGUCUUGGAGGAAUUCCAGAAACUUCGAAGAAAAGUACUGUGUCAGAAGAAAUAGUAACUGAGAAACCAGAACCAGCUCCAAAGAAACUCACUUCAAAAGUGUCAGUGCUAGAGAACCGUCCGACUCGCUCGACGUGCGCGAGCGUGGUGCGCGUGCGGCCGCGGCCGCGCGUCGCCGCGCCCGCCAGCAGCCUGCUGCUCAGAGCCGUCGCCGACGCACAUAAGAGCUUACUCAAUGCGCCACCAAAAGUAGAAAGCGAACCACAAAUCAAACGUGCUCUAGUGCUACCAAUGCGUCGAUGCGUGGACGCGCAAAAGAUCGUCAUACAAGUGCCUUCGAACAACACGCAGGAGACAGACCGGGGCGACAGUAUUAGUCUCGAAAUGGACAGUGAUGAUGAUAAAAGCUCUAAGGUACCAAGUGACAUUGACAGGGACGAAUAUAUCCCCGCCCCAAUCACUAAGAAGAUAAUAAACAAUGAAUACACGCCGUCUCGUAGAAACGAAGGCAGAACGGCCAGUAGGAAAGACGACACACUCAUAAUUGAAACCAUUAACAUUCACAAUCCAUCAGUAGAUAAGGACAAAAACACACAAUUCAUAGUCACUAUGGACGGUUACCAUCCAAACGCUUUCCUAGCAAAGAAGCUCCUAACUGAAGGACUACUCAACGAAGACGACGAGAUUAACAAAUUGGAAAAAGAAAAACCAAAAUUACCUGAGAAAGAGCCAAAGUCUGUAGAGAAACCUGUUGAAAAAGUUCUGGAAACUCCGCAAAAGAAACGACUCAGUAAUACGAGCGAAGAUAGCGAUACACAAGUUAUCAUCAAAAAUGAGGAGGAAAAGGCUGAAAAAAGAAAACACACAGAUGUAUUAAAAGUAGAUUCGGUGCCGGCUAAAAAGAGGAGGGCGUCCCCCAUUGUAUUUGAUGUUGAUAAGAAAGGAGAAAGAAAGAAAGAGGAAAGAGAACCAGAGAGAGUGAGGGAAAGAACGGAAAGUGUGAGCAGUGACCAGCAUGUGAUAGUGGCCACCGUCACAAACACACAUAAAUAUGACUCUGUGCCUCCAUCCUCGUUGUUACCAGUAAGCACGGCGGAGCGAACACCGGCGUGGUGCCGCGCGUUCCCCUUGUGCCGCUACGGCGCGGCGUGUGCCUUCGCGCACCCGCGCUGCCGCUUCGCCGCCGCCUGCACGCGCCGCGCCUGUCCAUACGACCACGCGCCCGGAGCCAAGGCCGCCCCUGCUGUGCCCGUGUCGCCUGUUAUUGCGUCCCAUGUAGUGCCAGCCGCAAAUUACAAGACAAUAUCAGCAGUGGUCCCGAACAUGUGCAAGUUCUACCCGAACUGUGUGAACCCCGCUUGUCACUUCUACCAUCCGAAGCCUUGUCGCUACGGCAAGAGUUGCGUCAACAAGCUUGAGUGUAACUUCUAUCACGCGGAUGUGCCUGCCAAGUGGAGGUACCCUGUCUAAAUAUAUGAAUUAGUCAUUA